GACUUGUCACUUGUAUCCAAGGCCGUAAAAUAAAAAAAAAAAAAAAGAAAUAAAAUGAAUAUUGAUUUAUUGGUAAUUUGGUGUAAAAAUAAUAUUAAUUAAUAAUUUAGACCUAAUGAGCUGUGUAUAACUUUAUUUAAAUCACUUUGGUGAAUAAAUAAUAAGAUUACAAUCAUGAGUAAUAUUUUUGUUUUUCUCUAGCUCAAUAGCUCGCUAUAUUGUGCAAAACAAAUUAAAAUUUAAAAGGUGCAGAAUUUAGAAAUCGUCAUAAUGCAGAUCAGUCUAAAUCAUUAUAUUCAGAGUGUGGAAAGGAUGUAUAGGCUUUUUGAUGGGGAAGAGCUUUCACGUCUUCUUUCUCUGAGAGACGUACACGUUGGUAACAAAAACCUACGCUCAAGUGAUAUUGCUUCUCUAGUUGAAGGGAACUGUGUAGCCCCUCUCGAUGAAGUGAUUAUAUGUCAUUUGCUAUGUGUAAAGGCUCUACAUGAGAAGGAAUAUUUAGAAGCAUACAGUCACCAGCGCCAAUGUGUGGUUGCCGUUGUGAGAAUACUACAAAACCAAAAAGAGCAGAACUGGUGUUUGCCACUCAUGUACACUGCUUGCCUGGAUCUUCGCCUUGUUGCACAGAAAGCUGAAGCAACCGCUGCACAAAGCGAAGGCAAGAUUCUAGAAAAGGCUGCUGAGAGCCUGCUUUCAUGCUUCAGAGUCUGUGCUGCUGACAACAGAACGUCAGAUGAAGAUACAAAACGACUGGGUAUGUUGUACCUUGUGAACCAACUUCUGAAGGUCUACUUCCGUAUCAAUGCACUACAUUUGUGCAAACCCCUGAUCAGAGCUAUCGACUCUUCCCCUCUCUGGCAUCAGUUCCCUUUGGCCCAACAAAUUACAUACAGAUACUUCGUUGGGCGCAAAGCAAUGUUCGACUCUGACUACAGCACUGCAGAGAGCUAUCUAUCUUUCGCCUUUCAGAAAUGCCAUAGAAACAGCCAUAAAAAUAAAAGACUCAUUUUGACUUAUUUGAUACCAGUGAAAAUGUUACUGGGAUACAUGCCCACUGUGGGUUUGUUGGAAAAGUAUGACUUAUUGCAGUUCUUGGAAUUGAUAUCUACAGUCAAAAAUGGAGACUUACGAGGAAUUGACAGUGUGAUGGAAAAACAUGAAUCGUUUUUCAUCAGUGCAGGCAUUUAUUUAAUUGUGGAAAAAUUGAAAAUUAUAGCGUACAGGAAUUUAUUUAAAAAAGUAUACCUUGAGGAAAAUAAUCACCAAAUUGAUAUAGCGAACUUUCAAGCCGCAUUGCAAAUGAUGGGCGAGGAAGACAUGAGUUCAGAUGAAACACAGUGUAUUGUAGCGAAUCUAAUAUAUCAGGGGAAAAUCAAGGGAUACAUUUCGUACCAACAUAAAAAAGUGGUUGUAAGCAAACAAAAUGCAUUUCCCCCACUGUCUAGUCUUUAAGAUUAUAAUAUUUAUCAUUAAAAUAGGGUAGUGGCAUGCUUGUAAAUCAGACACUUUGUACCCUAUACUAUAGUUCAACCCAAGUGUUGCCGUUUUACCAUUAAUAUUUGACUAGCAAAUGCCUGCGAUUUCGUCCUCGUGAAAUUCAUUUUAUCACAAAUCCCAUGGAAACCAUUUAUUUUUCCGAAAUAAAAGUAAACUAUAUGUUGCUCAAUAACCUCUUCUAUCUUCCUUUGAAAGUACCAUUACAAUCUAUUCAGUCCUUCCAAAGAUUAUAUAUACAGACGAAAAUUUUUAAAAUAUGUACGUACAUGUUUGUUCGUGUCUAGUAUAUUAUAUAGAAUCAACAGACAUACACUUCAAUUUUAUAAAAUGUUGCUAUGCACUAAUAAAAUAAUUGUACACGUGUAAGUAGUGGGUAUAUUGGAUAUAUAUAGGAUAUUUUGAAUUUUCGUGCGUUCAUCUUUUGGUGCCACUACCCUAUAUGUUGUUGUAUCUUUGUAAGCAGACAAAAUGCAUUUCCCCAACUGUCUAGUCUUUAAGGUUUUUAAUGUUUAUCAAUAAAAUACAGGUUCAUACUUA